UAUGUCCCUGUGCCGGCUAGGGAGACACAUACUGCCUGCCUGCUGCCUGCAGCAUUUGUGCCUGAGCUCCAGGCUCUGCUGUCCCCUCCGCUCCCUCCCCCCGCAUGCAGCUCUCCAUCAGAGGGAACGAUGACAUCCUCUCUCCCCUGACUGCCUCCGACUGCUCCACAGCUCUGCGGUGCAGACGCUCGCUCUCUCUGAGUGAGUUUUUUUCCCUCCCCUCUGCCUGGUCUAGCUCUCAGGCUGUGGGAUUCAGUGGAUAAUCAGUGUGUCGGCGAGCAAGAGUGAGGGACUGAAGCAAAGAGAGAGAGAGAAAGCCUGGAUCAGGUGCAGCAGCCUUGACUUUGUCUGUCUCUUUCUGUCUGUUUUCUGCCUGGCACAUACAGACGUGUAGACAGAACUCAUAAUUCAGCAAUUAGCCUUCCUUCACCCUCUUUCUCCUCCUCUGGGACUCAUCGCAAAGAAGGAGAGAAGAGGAGGGAGACACUCAUCGCAGGACUUUGCAGAGUGACAAGUAUUUAUUUUAUUUUUUUUGCUCGCUCUGCGUCCUACUUUGCCCUACUCCUCCCCUCUAUCCCACCCUGCUUGCGCCAGCCAACACGCACCCGCACACCCAGAGUGCGUAUCCAGGGGCAGACAGACAGAUAAACAGACGGACGGACGGACGGAUAAACAGACGGACGCAGUAGGAUAUGGAGUCCAAAGGAAGCGGCAGGUUCUCUAUGUCCAGGUGUUUGAGCUCAGGAGACACCGUCCACGCCAGUGUUGUCGUCACACUUCUGCUCGGAGUAUGGUGUGCUUCAGCGCUGGAGGUAUCAGUGGGGAAGGUGCCCUUCAUGGAGGCAAUGAAUGGCAGCACGGUGCUGUUACCAUGCACCUACUCCAGCUGCAUCGGCAUCAAGAACCUCUACUUCAACUGGCAAUACAACGACAACGGCACCUUCAUGAAGCUGUGUGAGGCAGUGAUCCCCAUAGAAGGUGUGGAACCACGGGUGCAGGUGUACCACGAGCGGAUAGAGUUUGUGGGCAGCAGUAAGCACAACAACAUCUCCAUCCUGCUGUUCAACGUGACCUUCGAGGACGAGGGAGAGUACACCUGUUUCGCCCGGAAUCCCAAGGAGAAGCAUCGCAACCAUAGCGCCAUCUUCACCCUGUUCGUGGUGGAUGAGUUGAAAGUGGUUGACAAUACCGUAACCACCAUCAUUGUGUCUGUCGUGGGCGGGGUCAUUGGCUUGAUCGUCGUUGUCAUGGUGACAAAGACUGUGGUGCUCCUCAUCCUAAAAAAGUCUGCAGAGAAGAACGCUGGGAUUCGAACCGACAGCUCUUCGGCUACCACCUCCCCCCUUUGAAACUGUCAUGGAACAUUGUAAAGAGUGCCUUGUGAGCUCAGGACAGGACAACACAGACAAUGAACUCAAUGCAGCCAAAGUGGACAACAAAGCCACGCCGAAGGCAUGAAACAUAUACACCUGUGUAUAUGUACAUACAGUAUAUGUCUGUACAUGUACACAUGCAAAUGUAUUGCACAGACAUAGAAAGAAAGCUAUUAUCAAUGGACUGUUUUAUCUUUAUCUAAUGACACAAGUAUAACAUGAACCAAUGUGAAAUCAUAUGUCAUAUGUGCUCGAGAUUUGGGGAACAUGAUAGAUGAUCAGGGCUGGAUCAGACACACUCCAAUGACACACCUUAUGUAAUUGUGUAUUCAGAUUGGGGGUUUAAUUGCAGGCAUUUAUCUGAAUCAGCUCAAAGUCUAUUUACUGUACAAGCAUUUCUGGAAUCAACAUCGACGUCUCACCAGUUACUCAUUCAUGCUCACGACGUAAAAACGUCAGAUUGACAUUUAUUGGGAUGAAUCUUGUCAUGGGGGCAGAGCUGAGCAUUUUCCGCUAGAUUUAAGGUUAGGAUUUAUAUAUAAGGUUAUCAGUGUAAUAUCAGUGUAAUUACGGUCAGGGUUAAGGUCAGGUUUAAACCAGAGGAGGCUGGUGGGAGGAGCUAUAGGAGGACCGGCUCAUUGUAAUGGCUGGAAUGGAAUUGAUGGGACGGAUUAGAACGUGGUUUCCAUAUGUUUCAUGUGUUUUGAUACCUUUCCAUUUAUUCCAUUCCAGUCAUUACAAGGAGCCCGUCCUCCUAUAGCUCCUCCCACCAGCCUCCUCUGGUUAAAAAAAAUCACAUUUUAAGACUUUGUGGUUUGGCCAGAAGUGACCACCCUGCAGAACUGCCUCCAGGACAAGAUUCAUCCCAAUAAAUGCCAACCUGCAUUCAAAACACAAACACACACAGUAACUCCCAUACUGUCAAGUUUUACUAACUGCCAUUUUGUAUAUCUAUAACAGCUAUAUAAUAUAUAAUAUUCUGACCAUCUCUUCAGCUCUUUUGAUUAAGAGCCAUAUUUAAGGUUGCCAAUGGAGAUUCUUUAUACUCUCUGCAGACCUUUUACAGGGAGCAAACAGCUUCCCUCCUUUAACUAUAUAAGGAACGUUUACAGUCCAUUUUUGAUGCAGAACAAAUUUCAUACAGUGUCAAUUGUGCCUAUUCCAUAGGGUACACAGUAACUGAAAGAUGUAUACCACAAUUCUCAACGACACAGUUACUGAGGUCAAGGCUCUUCGUUAGAUCUGCAUACUGAACACAAAUACUGUUCAGAAGCUUCGGAAGGCAAAGCAGUGGCCUGGUCAUGAGGACAACGUCACUGCGGAGGAAAGUAGUGCGAUAAAGGAGAAGAGGAAGAAGGGAGUCAUUGGAGUGUAAUGUUAGAUCCAGCCCAGAAAUGGUUUGAGUCAUUUUUGCAUUAGAGGAAGCACAGGUGCCUGUUUUCACUGCCCGCUCCCUUCGCUUUUCGGGAGCCUCAAAACCGCUGUGAAAAACACACCAAAAAAACGUAUAAAUAUAUAUGAAAAUGAAUUCAAGUUUAUGAUGCCGCUUCUGACAAAUAACAAAUGCAUUUUUUUUCGCAUGUGAAUGUUGCUUAUAUAUGAAACACGUCCAUACCCCGGGAAAGACUGCUGUCGAGUGUGCUGUCAUCACCUGGCCUGUAUGUAUGGUGAAUCUGUAGGCUACUUCAUUCACAUCCACUUCACCCCCAUAGGACUAACAUGCUAAUGAGGCCAUUGGCCUAAUACAGGACAAUGCCCCACGACUUCGACAGUGCAAAACAUUGUAUUGAUGACUCUGAUGCCAAAUACCAAGCAGGCUCAUCAUCAAUACCCCUUGACCUUGUGUCCUGUAUUCAAAUCACCAUAUGAACCAAAAUCCCCACUACUAAUGUGCAUGAUUCUUUUAUGAAUACCCACUGUUGUUGGUUGUUCCCCCAGAAAUAGAGACAGCUGUGGGCGUCGGGAUUUGAGCCAGGGACCGCAAUGGCUCAAGUAGGCACAAAGAUCCAUUGUCACUCAAUCCAAGCAUUCCCCUUAGGACUCUGUCCCCUCAAGAAUGAAUGUCAUCUUGCCUCGUUAAUGAAAAUCAUGCAAUUCUCAGAGCGAUAAUAGUCCACGACAAAAACCAGGGCAAAGCCAUAACAUAUCUGUCUAAAUGCAUUUAUUUCCAACCUGUUUCGAAGGCAAAUGUGUUAUUAGUUUGUCCACAUUUGGGUCAAAUUCAGAGGUGCCACUUGAAAUGACGGCCACACCUCUAUACAUCCACGUGAGCAUAAAGUACCAUUGCGGUUGCAGAGCUAGGACUAUACAUGAAUGUCCACUUCGUAGGGUUUACUCAUCUGAGAUGGAAAUGUAAAUAGGCCCCUCCAUUUCCUCUCCACACCUUCUCCUCGCCCUGAGAUCAUACAAUGGGCAGGGGUUUUAGGGAGAGGGUGGUGCUGUAGACCUAGGAGGGGCAUGGUAGGCACUUUACUAACAUGGGGUAUCCUCAUCGACGUCUGGACUGUGGUGGACGUGAGGAAUAGAGAGAGGUGUGCUAGGAGACUUUGCAGGUAGGGUUGACGGUUGCGCCGGGUUGACUGUAACCAGAUUGUGUGUGGUGAUAGCGAGAUAACGGGUUUGAGACGGACAAGAGGUCUGUCCCGGCGUAAUCCGUUCUCGAACCUCCCUCCUUCUAUUCCCUCACCGCGUUGAGGUUGGCACCUUCGGAAAGGUCUUCCUUAUCACCUGACCUGCAGUACCCUUUUUCCUUAUGUUACCACAAGGGGCCCCGGUGACGUGGAGAGCCAGGGCACGCUGUCAGGCAGAGCACUGCCGUACCCAUAUCCCACGGUUGUGAUUUUAAUCCUAUAGGACGAGUUGAUGGAUGCACUAGUGGCACUGGACUUACGUUUGCCAAGUAAUGUCGUAGCUUUAGAGAGGCAGCAGAUGGGAUACAGCAACGACAUUUCCGCGGGUCCUUGCAGAAUCACGUAUCACCUUGUUCACCAUUUACCCGCCACCGUGGUUUCCAUAUUUCACUCGUACUUACCUAUGUUUAAUGGGCGGAGCGAGGUUGACAACUUGAAUUUGCUAUUGUGGUCGCGAAACAGCUCGUGAAUCCACUCAUGGAUCUAGGAUUUUGGGUAAGGUGGUGCGCUGUCUGUUCUAUGCACGGAUGUACCAACUGUUUGUGAUUAUGUGGUCCAUGGUGGCUCUUCUGUCCAUUGUGGUACCCCGUAGAAAACCAGAAACACAGAGUCGUGCACACACACACACACACACACACACACACACACACACACACACACACACACACACACACACACACACACACACACACACGCACGCACGCACGCACACACACACACACACACACAAUAUUGGUUCCAUGUGAAGUCAGUGAACCGUUACUCCUUUGACAUUGGAGGAAAAGCACCAAAGCCUGCCUCUUGGGAGAAAAGCAAUACUGUUCAGUUGAUCCUUGUCUGUCAGUGUCUUUGUAUUAUCAAGCCUCUGUUGGUGUAUUCAGAAGGAUCGUGUCGAUGAAGAACAAUGAUCCGUAAGGCUAAUUACUGCGUUUGUAUCUUGUUUUUAGCAGAUUCAUUUUCCCUUCUGUAACUUCAAUCAGAUCUGAGAAUGUCCAAAAGAAUACCAUCGGUAUUUCAUGUCUUGUGUGUUACUGAGUACGGAGUUAUCGUUCCCUGUUUCAGUAUCUCUAGAAGAACACCGUCUGUUCACGCCACAAGCUCUGAGCUCGACUGUGCGUGCCUGAGCUGCGGGGCGCAGCAGUGAGCAUGCCCAGUGUAGUGCUGCUCUAGAGGCAGUCGCAUAGCCGCAGCGAUGCAUUGUUAUAACAGGAUGGACUAAAAGCUGCGAUCAGCUCAAGUCUGCAUCGAACCGUGGCAGAUCCGCACGACUCACCCUGAGAGCCAACGUCUCAGGCAGCACAGACUAACAGCAUGGCUGGUAGUAUUACGAGUACUGUUAUAGCACAGUCUUAUUAAGCCCCAUUUGAUACACUCUCAUCAAACUUUUGCACAACCUUGAAAUUCAACAAAUGGCGUUAUGUGACUGUUCUGCAGCUCAAAGAAAGAACACUCCACGUUUCUAACAAAGCAUUGUAGAUUACAUUGCCACAGGGUAUAUUUAUCCAAUAUAAAGAUCGACAAUGGCAGUCAGGGGACAGAAAUAGAUACAUAUCCACUCAGUCCUAACAUUGUCUGCUUCGUAUAUAGUAGAUGUAAUAAUCGUCUGAUUUGAUACUAAUAUGGGUCUCCUGCGGCCCCCUGCCGGAGCGACUCCUACUCACACUGCCAGGCCAAGAGUUUGUGAAGUCUGCUCUCUGCUUCCCACAUUCCAGUGCAGAGAACACCCACUGUUUCAACCUGCAGUAUACUGUACAGAACAGUACAGGUCCCCUGGCCAAACUGCAUUCUAAAACUCAUUUUCUAUAGGCUCAGUUGUGCGCUGUUUUAGCCCACCAAGGCCAAGUGAAACAAACAAGCCAAAAAAAGAAGUAUAUAUUUGAAUCCUUAUUACAAUGGGUGUGCAUGUGCAUUUUGUAGCCAACUCAAGCUACCCACUGCACAGUUUACUCUAUAUUUAAAUAGAUGUGACUUUUACUCUGAGCUCACAGGUAGCCAGGUUACUGCUUGUUAGAAUCACAACACACACCUAUAGGUGUACACCGUUUUUACCCAUCAUCCUCUACUCCAAGGAGCUGUCCAGGGUUCUGAGGAGGGGCUGUUUUCACUCCCUCACUGGCCUCACCUCACAGUGUUUACUGCCUGUGGGUAGUAGUCGCCACACGGCCAGGCUCGAAUGGACUCAAGUGGCAAUAUCAUCCUAACUGAUGACAAAGUGCACUACAUUUGCUAUUUGUUGUUGGGGUUUAACGAGUGCAGUACUUCCAUGAUGUCUUGCUUCAUUGUAACGACCACUGUCAAGCCCAAGCUGAGUAUGAGGGCUAUAAUGUGGCUCGUGCUGAAGAAAACAGCUCGCCCUCUUACCCACCAAAACAUACUCACCCACUUACUGUGAGGCAGUCCAUGACUGACCCAACUCAACUCCCUCGGUCUCCAACAAGACGCUUCGUUGAACUAUAAAGUGAAUGUGCAACUCCCCUUAAUAUGUCUCUGUAGUAAUGUCCCACAUACUCCCCUCUCAUAACUAUGCACCUCAAUCGUUUUUUUCUCUCUGGAUUGUAGAAAACAAGUACACACAUAUAUAUAUAUAUAUAUAUGAAAUAAAGGUUUGCAUAAAAGGA